AUGAAGAUUCGUACCUUGGCCACUGCCGGAACCCUCAGCGCAGGUAUCGCCCUGAUCGGUGUUCUCGGCGCCGGCGUGGCAUCUGCUGCAACUCCGAUCGUCGAACCUGAGCAGGGUCGGAUCGGUCUGUCGCUCUCGAAUGCGGAAACCGCGGCGUUGGCGGCGAGCCCGAUCCCGGACGCCAUCUCCGACAUCGUUCCAGGCUCGCAGCGGUGGAUUGAGCUCGCACCGGGCUCGGCGCUCACCGUCGGCCCCGAUGGCAAGCUCAGCGCCCCCGACCGCGUAGUGAUCGGCGAAGCCGCUGCACAUGCUGGUGGCUACGUCGAUGUCUACCUGGCUGAUCCGAACAACCCGGCCAACGCCGGGUACGUCACCCUGGCCUACCAGUACUGGAAC